GCUUUAUUUGGAGUAGUUUAUGGACUUAAAACCCAGAAGUGAAUGGCGGGAAAAUUAACUUAAGAAUCCCCAAAUUAUAUCAGUCGAGGUCAAAAUCAAUGGAGAAAUACUUGGUUUCGCCGGAGUCAUCGCCGGCAAAAUCUACAACGACGGUCAGGCGGCCAUGGAAGCGAUCUUUAAUCGAAGUGACUGGACGAUUGGAGUCAGCUUACCGACACGAACUCUAUUCUCUAGUUUCUCAUUCCUACUUGGAGAUUGGGAAAUUUUCACAUUUUUAUCACUUGAACGAGAACCCAUGUGUAACCCAUAUGAGGGAGGUCCAACGCCUAUAUCAUUGCCCGACAAUGCGAGGUGUUGCAGGACUAGAUUUUGAUAACCGGGGUAUAUUCAUAGUGUCUGUCACAAGAUCAGGAUGCUUGAUGGUGCAUGACUUUGAAUCUCUAUAUUGCCAGAGUAAGGUUGGCCCAGGUGAAGCUUUGAUCUAUGCUCAUUUUCUAGUUUUGAAUCCUGAGUCAUCAAUCUUAGGUUCUUCGGAAGAUGAAAGUAAGCAUGUUGUGCAUUUUUCUUACCCUCCCGGAAGGGAAUUCGAUGUCGCUAGAUGGAAUCCUUCAAACCAGAAUGAGGUAGCCUGCACAUCGAGGAAACAUGAUCAAGUGCUUAUCUUCGAUAUCAGUUACAUGUCUCCCAAACCAACUGAGGUAUUGCAAACUAGACAGAAGCUAUCGAUUAUUGGCCGCAAAGUUUCUAGAGGUUUAUCUGAUGUUGCCAUGACUAGUGAUGAGGAUUCGAGAAUAUUUUCUCCAGAUACACUUGGUAUGGUUCAUGUGUGGGAUAGAAGAGCAGGAGUGUCUCCAUGCAUUGAACUUUCAACAGACAGAUAUGAUUCAAUCAAGAGUAUUCAAAUAUAUGUGGAUAAUCAGACUAUUUUUGGAGCUGGUAAAGAAGGAAUCAUUCAUAUCUGGGACCUUCGUGGAGGAAGAAACUCUUCUGCUUUUCAGAGCCGCAAAGAUAUGAGCCAGUUGCCUUUAGCAUCUCUACAUCUCGCACCGAUGCUGCAGAAGAUUGCAUCUCUGAAGGCACAGUCAAAAAUCUUGCCCAAGGAAAUCCAUUCCAUUAAUGUAAACCCGUCCUCUCCUCAUCAACUUGCAUUUCACCUUGACGAUGGUUGGUCCGGUGUUCUUGACAUAUAUAAAUCUGAAGUUACUCAUGUACAUUGCCCUCCCCCAGCUUGGUUGGAUGGUUCCGACAGUUCAGCUGAUUUAAUCUUGCGGAAACCAUCAUGGCUGCCAGCAUCAUCUAUUUAUGUUGUUGGGUCCAUGAGCGAGAAAGGAAUUCAUGUUCUUGAUUUCCAUCCAAGCUCCAGGUCUCCUUGUCACGUUGACUACGAUGAGGAUACACAGAGAAACGAGAAGAGAGACAAAUGUAAUCACAGUAACAAGUUUGUUUCAUUGUCUGAAACUGUCACAGGUUGUGCUGCACAUCCUCUCAACGGCAUGAUCGUAGCUGGAACUCAGAAUUCGUCUUUGCUGGUGAUCGCGCAGAGGCAUUGCUCAUCUUCAUCAGAAACUGCAGAAGGUGAACUGUAGCAUCUACUAGCUGGACUGGGCUUAGGUUUGUAACAUAGAAAUCAUCCACGAGAUUAUGUAUGAAUAUAAGUUUUGCUUAAAU